UCUCUGCAUAUAUGCCAAACUGUAGCGAAGUCCCCCUCCCUGCCCCCAGUUCAGUUGGCAGUUUUAAUUCUGUGUUUAAUGCAAGAAUGUUUAUUUAUUUAUUGUUGUUUUGUUUUUUUAUAGAACAGCUUAAUCUUUUUUCUACACCGAUGAAAACCAUCUUUUGCCACUAAAGUUAACUAUGCCCUAGGACAGAAAUGUUCAUGUAGAUAAAAUGCAUCACUGUGCAUUUUUAGUGAAUGCUGGUAGUUUGCCAGCUUUAUUUUCAAGUUCCUCCCCCCUCCAGACUUAAUUGUGAUGUGCUUACAAGGGAACAACAGUAUACAUAGUUAAUUUGCAAAACCAGAAUAGUUUUUCGGUUUUUCCAUUUUGCAUGUUUUGAGUUAGGAUUAAUUGGACAUUUAUUAUUCUCAGUAGACAUACAAUAAAACAGUUCAUUUAACUGUGGUGUUUUCUGUUGAAGCAUUGGCUGACUUUUAGAUAGUGAGCCUAGUGCAAUUGUGUGAAUACUACUGAAUUUUGGAUGACAUUCUUUACACAGUUUAAAAGUAAGUGUGAGUAUAACAGAAGCUGGAAACAAAACCAGUUUGACUUUUUUUUUUUUUUUUCCACUAGGAAGUAUUUCUUUUCCAAGUAAUAUGCCCUUGUUAGGUUCAGGAUCAUUUUCAGUAAUUAUAGCCACUUAAACGUUUUUUUUUUUCCUGUUUGCAGUAAUUCAUGUUCCACCGUGGCAAAUUUUGAAAAGAACAUAAUUGUAAAGAAAUGGAAAAUCAUUUAUAACCCAUCACCUAGAAAUAAUUACUGCUAACAUUUUAAUGUACAUUUUUCUAGUUCUUUCGUUGCAUGUACACAUUUUUUAAUUUUUUAAAACAUGGAAUUAUACUUUUAUAUACAUCGUUUUGUUCCUACGUUUUUCUCUGAACAGGAUAUUGGUCUCCUAGUGUGGGACUUCUCGGUUGAUUCUUUAUAAUAUUACUAUUUUAAAUAACACUGGGGCAAACAUUUUUGUACAUUUAUCUUUGAUUGCAUCUCUGUUUUUUUUUUUCUUCCUUUAGGAUAGAUUCCCAGAAGUGGGAUAACUGGAUCAGAGGGUGGUUACCCUGUGUAUAAGAGUGUGUGUCUCACUGCACCUUCAAUGGCAUUGAGUAGAUUGUCAGUAUUUAAACAGACCACAUCAUGCACAGUUCAGUUUGUUCAGGGAAUUUUUGUUGAAAAAUAUGACCCAACGAUAGAAGAUUCCUACAGAAAGCAAGUUGAAGUAGAUUGCCAACAGUGUAUGCUUGAGAUCCUGGACACAGCAGGAACAGAGCAAUUUACAGCAAUGAGGGAUUUGUAUAUGAAGAAUGGCCAAGGGUUUGCACUAGUAUAUUCUAUCACAGCUCAGUCCACGUUUAAUGACUUACAGGACCUGAGGGAACAGAUUUUACGGGUUAAGGACACAGAAGAUGUUCCAAUGAUUUUGGUUGGCAAUAAAUGUGACCUGGAAGAUGAGCGAGUAGUUGGCAAAGAACAGGGUCAGAAUUUAGCAAGACAGUGGUGUAACUGUGCCUUUUUAGAAUCUUCUGCAAAGUCAAAGAUCAACGUUAAUGAGAUAUUUUAUGACCUGGUCAGACAGAUAAAUAGAAAAACACCAGUGGAAAAGAAGAAGCCUAAAAAGAAAUCAUGUCUGCUGCUUUAGACCCACAGUAAGCAGCAGCUCUGAGCCAGAUUACAGGAAUGAAGAACUGUUGCCUAAUUGGGAAGUGCCAGCAUUCCAGACCUUCAAAAAUUAAAUCUGAUGAAGAGGCUUCUCCUGUUUUAUAUAUUAUGUGAAGAAUUUAAAUCUUGUAUUGGUUUGCACAAACUCCCUGGAGAAAAAAAAUUGCUCUGUGUAUAUCUCUUGGAAAAUAAGACAAUAGUAUUUCUCCUUUGCAAUAGCAGUUAUAACAGAUGUGAAAAUAAAUAUACUUGACUCUAAUAUGAUUAUACAAAAGAGCAUGGAUGCAUUUCAAAUGUUAGAUAUUGCUACUAUAAUCAGAUGAUUUCAUAUUGACCUUUUUAUCAUGAUUCCUCCCUGUCAAGCACUAAAAAGUUGAACCAUUAUACUUUAUAUCUGUAAUGAUAUAGAUUAUGAAAUUUCCCCUCAAACUCAUUGCAGCAGAUAACUUUUUGAGUCAUUGACUUCAUUUUAUAUUUAAAAAAUUAUGAAAUAUCAUUCUGUCAUUAUAUUCUAAUUAAAAUUGUUUGUGCAUAAUGCUUUGGAAAAAUGGGUCUUUUAUAGGAAAAAAAAACUGGGAUAACUGAUUUCUAUGGCUUUCAAAGCUAAAAUAUAUAAUAUACUAAACCAACUCUAAUAUUGCUUCUUGUGUUUUACUGUCAGAUUAAAUUACAGCUUUUAUGGAUGAUUAAAUUUUAGUACAUUUUCA